CGCCCAAAUUGUUGAAUUUUGUUUUUUUGUGAUAAGUUUUGAUUUCUGUAAAAGAUAAGUGAAUAACAAAUUCGGUAGUUUUAUUUUUCAAUUUGGUUGUUUUUUCUUCAGAUUUUGGUUGGUUAUUUAUAUAACCAGUGGCAGCCGUGCUCUCUUUCUCUCUGUCAAAAAGCAUUUGCUAUCAGAGUUGCCAGAUGUGACGAUUUCGCCCCAUUUUGGGGAUUUCUGAAUCCAUUUGGUGAUAGAUUUUUUCGUGUGGGGAUGUGGGGAUUUGAUGGGGAUUUUUGUUUGGUUUAAAAUAUUCAUAUUGAAAUUAAAAUACAUAUAUUUUACUGGCUGCCCUUAAGAAUUUCUCAAACAAAGAUUUUCUUUGUCAAAGUAUUAUUCGUGGAAAAUGCCUGUUUUAUUGGCAUUAGCCAUUGUUGUUAAAUAGUCUCCAAAAACCAUAAAAAAUAAGAAACCGCUAUACGUAAAUAACCAAAUGAUCUCAUAAUAUAUAUUAUACAACUGUGAAAAUUUGUAAUAUAAAAGUAUUCAAAACUGUAAUUAAAACGAAGUAACAGAAAUGAGAAUACAUAUUUUUUUUAUUUCUUACUUAAGGGGAUUUAAAUGGGGAUUUAGAAGAAAAAUGGGGAUUUUUUGGGGAUAACUGCGGCUCGAUAUGGAAAUGCGCUAUACACAAAUUCUGGCAACACUCUUUGCUAUUUCCUCUCCCUAUCGGCGUCUAUUCAUUUCAUUUCUCAUAAAAGUCGGAGCGGCAUCACUCGUGUUCAAAAAUUCCUUUCUAAAAAUUGGGCUAAAUUAUUGGAAAUCUAGUUUAUUGAAAAAGUAUUAAUGUACACAGGCUAAAAUUAUAAAAAAACAAAUAAAUUACCUUAUUUGGUGAGUGAAAUUCGAGUGUUUAAGAGGCAUCGAGAGAAAAAAAAACUUGGGGGUGCCGCUUGUGUAUGCAAACGAAAACAAAAUGUACAGUAACGUCGACGUCGACUCCGAGUUGCGCGCGAAAAAUCGUUGCAGAGGCCAAACAAUCGGCCAGAAUAAAAAAUAUGUAAUUAUCUAUUUGUUUUCUAUUCCCAUUUGUUAUAGAGCUAAAAGAAGAUUAUACAUAUCAACGACAAAUACAUAUAAACAAACAAAGCAAGUGCAAUGGAGGGUCGUCGCACUAGCGGACGUCGAAAACGUAAUGAAGAGCCGGGAGCAGCCUCUACCGAAAAGGUUAGUACUACAAGUACGCAUAUCAAUGUUUCCAACAAGAGAAGUUCGUCAAAAACAAAUGUUUCUCCUCCGAGGCGAACCUCACCUGGGCGCACACGCCGCUCAUCGCGGCCACGUGCGUCAAAUUUAGCAUCAGCCCCGUCUACGACAACAAUUUUGAUUAGGUCGUCUCCCGUAUCCCAUCCCUCUCCCAUCAAAGAGGUAAAAGAGACACCUUCACCAAAAACGACCGCAUCCAAAACCCGAAUACCCACUGCUGUUGGUUCUAAUAUCAAUACAGCCGGUAGAAGUUCGCCGCGUUUCACAACAAAGUCGACGUCUUCAUUGCACAGCACUUUUAGCAGCAGUAGCACCCAAAAGACCUUUGAGAUACGUUCGACUACCUCAGCAUUGGACGCUGAGUUCAAAAAGUUGUCAGAUUAUAUAAGGCGAUCUGUUUCAAAAACGAUCGGAGGUGUUAGACGCGAAGGCACACACACUCCGACUACAAACACUGAAGUGGAAAGUCGUUAUAGUCGCUCUAUAUCGCGGUCUAUCUUUGAUGAUGGCGCCUCGUCCAAGGCAGAAUUUUCUGAUAACGAGCCAAAUGAUCCCGCGGACGAAGAUGACGAAGAGGAAGGUACAGAACACUAUAAAAGCUUCAAUAUAAGCACCCAGCACUCAUACUCGACUUCAGCACUGGGACAAAAUUGUCGCCAACUGGAGAUACCAAAAGAAUUUGGGGGCUGGGCGGGUACGACAUUACUAAUGCUAUUGGUACCCUGUAUUGUUUAUUAUUUGCAAUGGAGUUGUCAGAAAAACGUGUGCGAGUUGAGAUGGCCCAAGUUCGAACUUGAUUCGUUAGGAAAAAGCACUCUCUGGAAAUCGAUAUUCAACAAUGAAGCAGUUGCUGCAUAUAUCUCUUUUCAGCUAGGAGUAUUUGUGCUCUCCGCAUUGUUAUUUGGUCGAUAUGUUCGACUACCGACUGAUCGAAUUAGCGGUAUUGGUGGUAUACAAUAUGGCGCUGAAUAUAAAUUUAAUGUUUUGCCUAUUGCAAUCGUAAUUACGUUGGGAGCUGGUUGUGCAGAGUAUCUGAAUUAUCCAUUGGCUACCUUCGUACUAGAACAUCAACUACGAUUUUGUAUAUAUGGAUUUAUUAAUGCAUUCAUUUUAUCAUUAUGGGCUUACUUACGAUCGGACAUGUUAAAAAGCAAAUCGACCCAAGUACAGCUUAAUAUUUACGGUAAAACUGGCAACUUUCUAGUUGAUUAUGCACAAGGCAGGCAAUUAAAUCCCAAAUGGUUAAAUUUGGUUGAGUUUAAACUGGUAUUUUAUCGUGUCGCAUUACUAUCAACUCUGCUUUACGCCGAAUGUUAUUUGUACAAACAAUUGUCGCUGACUUGGAUACCGGUAAAUGAAGGUGGAAUUUGGAACACUCUGUCAUAUUAUUAUGACAAUGUGCGGUAUGAUAGUGCAGCGUUGCUUUCUUCGGGCAUGCUUGUAGUCUAUAUAAUGGAUGCUAUUAUUUUUGAGCACCAUUUGGCUUCGUCAUUUGAAAUGCAAGGAGAGGGAUUCGGAGCUUUGUUGCUAUUGCGCUAUGCAGCUACACCUUACUUACUGACCGCGGUAGCACGUUACUUCUACGAGCAAAAACAUAGCAGUUAUCGACAAUCGACUACACCACUGGUUUGCUGUUUUGCUGGUUAUGUAUCUAUGGCAGUUCUGAUUACUGGUUUGUUACUUAAACGUAUAAGUAGCGCUAUCAAAUACAAAUACCGCGUAAGUCCCUCAAAUGCAUACUUUGUCGGCGUCGAGACCAUACACACUUUCCAGGGACGUCGCCUAUUGCUCGGCUCGUUAUGGGGCCGAAUACGUCAACCUAAUUACGCCGGAGAUUUACUUGCGCUGUGCGCUCUUGCUUUGCCUCUGUUUCUUCGCUUCGCUUGGCCACCGCUGAUUUGUAUACUUCUCUUAUGGACCGUAUUGCUACAUCGCACACAACGUGUGCAAGUGCGUAACAUGUCACGCUAUCAUUCAUCAUGGGUGCGCUACUGUAACAAAGUGCGAUAUUAUAUCUUGCCAAAAGUCUAUUGAACAGACAUACAUACACAUCCAUAUGUAGAAGUGCAAUGAGAUUGCAAAUAGGCCAGCAGGUUUUUAUUUUACAAAUCUAUAGUGCAUAGAAAUUAUGAGUACAAAAUUAAGGAAUCUAAAUUAUUUUAAAUUGGUUCAUUCGUCGACCUUAUCACGUGUGGAAGUAAUUAUAAUACUACAUAGUAAACAAAACAACAUUACAUUAUUCUGGAAAAAAACAAGAAUAAUGUCUAGUUCUUAAAUUGAUAUUAUCUUCUAUUUGACUAAAUUUAUCGUAUGUAUAUAUUAAAAAAAAUUGUAGUAUAAUCGUGAAAAGGGCAAUUUUAUAUGAAACAGUUCAUAUUUUUAUAUGCUUGACAUUAGGAGACAUGUUUACACAAUUAAGUGUUUAAUAAAAUAAUUAUAACUUACAUACACAAUUACCAGAGAAUAUGAACGUCAAAAAAUGCGAAGGGGGAGAUUUUUUAAAUAAAACUAUAAAUCGCUCAACAUUCAUUCCCUUAUACAUACUUCAAGGCGCACUUACAACUUCAAUUAAUAUGCGUUCAUAUGCAUAUUCUUUGCACGAAUUGAUAAUGCAAAGUAACUUUAGAUAUAUACAUACCUAAAUAUGUAUGUAUAUACUCACAAGGUAUAUAUUUCCAUUGAAUAACGUAGAUUAUUACUAAAAACUUUUUGAUCUUGGCUAGCAAUAUAAAAGAUCUGGUAUGUGGAAAAAUGAUCAAUGUCACAAUGUUUAUUGUAAAAAUUUUGAUUUGUGUUGAUGUGUUUUGAUUCCCCCCUUAAAUUGUAUAAGUCUGCAAAAUUUAGUAUAUAAUAUAAACCAAUAUUUUUACUUAUAAAAAAGUUAUUUUUAUUUC